AUGCCUCCACCCUUCGAAAAGAUCAUCAUCGUCGGCGCCGGCCCCUCCGGCCUACUCCUCGCCAUCUUCCUCGCCCAAGCCAAAAUCCCCUCCGUAGUCCUAGAAUCCUGGCCAGGACUCGACACCCGUCUCCGCGCAACGCAAUACGGCACGCCAGCCACUCGCGUCUUCCGGCGCGCAGGCCUGGUGCCUGACAUCCGCGCCGCCUCCAUCCCGCGCUUCCCCACCAUCUGCUGGCGCCGCGUCGCGGACGGCGAGAAGCUGAUCAGCAUCGACAUGAGCGUCACCGAGGACUCGGAGGACCGGAUGACGGUGUUGCAGCUGGGCGAGAUUAUUCAAAUCAUGUACCGGCAUUGUGUGGAGCGGUAUGCGGAGUUUAUCGAUGUGCGGUUCAACCAUCGCGUGCUGGAGGCGAAGCAGGACGAGGAGCGCGGGAAGGCGUGGGUGGAUGUCGAGAUUGGAGGGGAAGGGGAGGAGAAGCGCGUGCAGCGCAUUGAAGCCGACUACGUCGUGGGCUGCGACGGUGCAGCCAGCGCUGUGCGCCGCAGUCUGUUCGGCAGAGAGUGGCCCGGCCAGACGUUCGCGUGCAAAUUCAUCGUGCAGAACGUGUACUACGACGGCUUCGACAAGCACGGCUGGGACGGCGGAAACUACAUGAUCGACCCCGACCACUGGGGCCUCGUCGCCCGCCGCGGGCACGGAGGCAUGUGGCGCGUCACGUACGGUGAUCCCGUCGUCGGCCUGACGGACGAAGAGUACCUCGCGCGACGGCCGUGGCACUUCAAAAACAUCCUGCCGGGCAGUCCAGAGCCGCACGAGUACCGCAUUGAGAAGACGAACAUCUACAACAUCCACAACCGCUGCAUCCCGUCGUUCAAAGUCGGCCGCAUCCUCGUUGCAGCGGACGCGGCGCACGCGAACAACCCUAUCGGCGGGUACGGCUGCAUGGUAGCAUGCAUCGACGUCGCCGGGCUCGCGGACUGCUUCAUCGGACUGCACCAAGGCAAAGCGUCGGCGGACAUCCUCGACACGUGGGCGACCGUGCGCCGCGACAUCUUCCUGAAGUACAUCGACACGCGCAGCAUCAAGAACAUUGAGCGCAUCUGGAAAUCGGAUCCCUGGACGGUGGUGGAGACGGACAAGUUCUUUGGCAUUCUCAAGGAGCUGAACAAGGACAAGGCGGCGCUGCGGGAGUUUCUCUUGAAGGAGAGCAGUAUUGAGUAUGACUUUACGAAGCAUUACGAUCAGGCGACGAGGGAGAAUGGACACACGAACGGAUCGAGGAAUGGUGGAGCUGGGGAACUGGCAGCGGAGGUGCAGCUCCAGGCAUAA